AUGGGUGAAUAUAGAGGCGUCUCAAAACAGAGUUGCGUGUCAUCCUUCCCUCUCUCUCCCUCCUUACAGAGUGCAGUGACGUCAGUGGCUCGCGACCCGGCAAAUGCUCCUGCACCAUCACCGCCCGCCUCGCCGCCAUCGCCAUCAGUGGUAUCAGUGGUGUCUCACCUGUUGGACCAGCUCUCCUCUUUGCCGGGUUCUGUGUGGGGCUCGCUGCUGCUCCUGCUGGGUGCGGAUCACCAUGACUCGCUGGAGCACAUGAGUGAGAGCAGUGAGGAGGGGGGUGACGGGGAGGAGGAGAGGGAGGCGGAAGGAGGGGAGGAUGAGAACAAGUAUCAGCAGCAGUUGUGUGGUAGUUUGCAUUAUACCCACGGAGCUACGCCUGCUGCUGCUUUUCAAUACAGUGACUGGGAUAAAGAGGAGGAGGAGGAGGAGGAGGAGGAGGAGGAGGAGGAGGAGGAGGAGGAGGAGGAGGAGGAGGAGGAGGAGGAGGAGGAGGAGGAGGAGGAGGAGGAGGAGGAGGAGGAGAAAGAAGAACAAAAGCGGAAAGGGGAUGGCGGGAGGGGUGUGGAAGGGGAUUUCACGGGAGAAGGAGAGCAAGGAGGGCCGGAAGUGGUGCCAGCUGUGGCAGUUCUCGUGAUUCUCCUGCUCGGCAUCAUCGUGUUCAACAGACCGCUCUCCUGA